AUGACAGACGUUGUAGCUAAAGUAGAACGAGGUGAUCAGGAAGCAAAAAGGCUAUAUGAACGUUUUAUUACUUAUUGCCAACGUCAUCCUCAUGUGCGAGUUAUUGACUCUUGGUCUAAUAUAGAAAAGGUGUUGGAUAGAAUGGUCUUGUAUCAUCACACAGAGCUGUGUGCAUCGACAAAUAUGAUAGAUGGGAAGCCCUUGUUUUAUGUACCAAAAAGUGUAGAGUUAAGCUCUAUCAAGGAUUGGAAAAAGAAUAUGGGCAUCAGAUUUCCUGCAAUGUGUAAACGUAGGACGGCAUGCUCUUCAACAGAGGCACAUCAGAUGAUCCUUAUACCUUCUCCAGAUAAAAUGUCACAACUAGAAAAGUAUAUAGAGAAUGAACCUGUGAUGUUACAGGAGUUUAUACAGCAUGAUGGUGUUAUUGUUAAAGUAUACGUGGCAGAUGGUCAAAUAACGGCGUCAACACGACCUUCAUUUAAAAAUUUAGAUACAACUGGGGAUGUCGUACAUUUUGAUAGUCAAACAUUACCAAAGAGUUUCGAAACAAAGAUUGAAUUAUCAGAUGAUUUAGACAAAAUCUUCCUUAGAACAAACCCAGGCGAUAUUCUCGUUCAAAAGGAAUCACUACUAGAUAAUGAUCGUUUGAAACAAAUAGCAGAUGGUUUAUAUCGUCAGCUAGGUCUGACAUUUUUUGGAUUUGAUGUCCUUUUGCAAUCAAAGACAAAUGCUUAUUAUGUCGUAGAUGUAAACUAUUUCCCAAGUUUCAAAGACGUUGAAAACUUUCAUUCCAUGUUUGUGAAUAUCCUUGAAAAACGAUUAACAUAG